UGCAUAGAUAUGAUUACAUUAGUGUGUGCUGUUAUUUUUGUACCAGCGUAUAUAUUUUACCACCUUGCAUUUUUAUUUAUUAUUAGCUCUUAUGGAGCUAUUAUUUUGACGUCAUUAUCUUGCGACAACUUAGCGUUUCUCAAGGAACCAUUUGACAGCUAAAGCUCAGGAUUACAGGAUAAAAGAUGUCUGGUAGUUUUUAUUUUGUCAUGGUUGGGCAUCAUGACAACCCCGUGUUUGAGAUGGAAUUCCUGCCAGCUGGGAAGCCUGAGUCAAAGGAUGAUCAUCGACACCUGAACCAGUUUAUUGCACACGCUGCUCUGGAUUUAGUGGAUGAAAAUAUGUGGUUGUCCAAUAACAUGUAUUUAAAAACUGUGGACAAAUUCAACGAGUGGUUCGUCUCUGCCUUUGUCACCGCAGGACAUAUAAGAUUCAUUAUGCUCCAUGAUGUAAGACAAGAAGAUGGAAUCAAAAACUUUUUUAAUGAUGUGUAUGACUUGUAUAUUAAGUUUGCUAUGAAUCCCUUUUAUGAAAUCAAUGCUCCAAUUCGCUCGACGGCUUUCGAGAGAAAAGUGCAGUUUCUCGGGAAGAAACAUCUUUUGAGCUGAUCCCACUCCUUUAACCCACAGAUGCUUUGGGUAUAUAUGCCCUUCGCUUGUAUAAUAUGCCCUCAGUUUAAACUAAUCUUGUCUACUGCCCACAUUUCCACAGACAUUUUUCAAAUUUCAUUUACUACUGUCUAUGUAACGUCAUGUAUAUCUGUAUUAUCAAAUUGCCAUCCUUUUAAUCAUAAGACACAAGAGAAAAAAAAACCACAAGUUUUUUGUGAGAUUUAUUGUUCUAGUGACAUUCCAGUAAUAAACAUUAUUUGAAUUUUUUAAUA